CACACAAAUGGGAUAAUACCCCACCACCAUUCCAACCUCUCUUGCUAGAAGAAGUUUCACCUUCUUCUAGGUAAACCCAACGCUAGCUUACCCAUUUACAUAUAUCCCAGAUAUAUACAUUCAUGUAAGCUAGUCGUAAAAAAACAAAAAAAAAAAAAAAAAAAAAGUAGGGGUUGAAUGAGGGUGCAAAAUAAAGGCAUAACAAUGUUGUCCAAGAAGAUAAUUUCUUUGGCACUAGUUAUGUGUUUGUGGGCAGGGACAUUGGCCGAGGACCCUUACAUCUUUUUGGAAUGGAAAGUCGAGUAUGGGAACAUCUCCCCUCUCGGCGUCCCCCAACAAGGCAUCCUUAUAAACGGCCAAUUUCCCGGCCCCAUGAUCAACUGCACCUCCAAUAACAACAUCGUCGUCAACGUCUUCAACCACCUUGACGAGCCCUUCCUCCUCACCUGGUCCGGCGUCCAACAGAGGAAGAACUCGUGGCAGGACGGCACCCUCGGCACCAUGUGCCCCAUCAUGCCCGGCCGCAACUACACCUACAAGUUCCAGGUCAAGGACCAGAUCGGCUCCUACUUUUACUACCCCACCACAGCCCUCCACAAGGCCGCUGGCGGCAUGGGCAUGCUGAGGAUACAGAGCCGCGACCUCAUCCCCGUCCCUUUCGACACCCCUGCUGAGGAGUUCGACGUCCUCCUCGGGGACUGGUACAACAAAAACCACAAGGCUCUUAAGGCCACAUUGGAUAGCGGGAGAAGCAUCGGCCUGCCUGAUGGCAUCCAGAUUAAUGGAAACUCGGGUAAGGUUAGCGAUGAUAACGCGAAACGCAUGUUCACGAUGGAGGCCGGUAAAACCUACAGAUACAGAGUGUGCAAUGUUGGAUUGAGGACCUCUGUUAACUUCAGAUUCCAGGGGCACUCAAUGAAGCUUGUGGAAGUAGAAGGCUCACAUACGGUUCAAAACGCGUACGAUUCGCUCGACCUUCAUGUCGGCCAGUGCUUGUCUGUCCUGGUCACUGCUGACCAGGAGCCCAAAGACUACUACUUGGUUGCCUCAAGCAGAUUCUCCAAGAAAAAACUUCAAGCUGUCGUAACUAUCGGUUACGCCAACGGGAAGGCCCCGGCCUCACCAGAGCUCCCACUGCCUCCUCCAGACAACACGGCCGGUGUUGCUUGGUCGAUCAACCAGUUCCGCUCAUUCAGGUGGAACUUGACCGCCAGCGCAGCACGGCCCAACCCUCAGGGCUCGUACCACUACGGAAAGAUCAACAUCACCCGCACGCUGAAGCUGGCUAACUCGCGGUACCAGGUGGGCGGGAAGCUGAGGUUUGGCAUCAACGGGGUAUCGCACGUGGAAGGGCAGACGCCUCUGAAGCUGGCCGAGUACUUCGGACUGGCAGAGAAGGUGUUCCAGUACAAUCUGGUCAAGGAUGAAGUGCCAACAGACAAGACGAAGGUGACCGAGGCUCCCAGUGUUGUGAACGCGACAUUCAGGAACUUUGUGGAGAUCAUCUUCGAGAACGAGGAGAACAGCAUCCAGACAUGGCAUUUGGACGGACACUCGUUUUUCGGAGUGGCUGUGGAGGCCGGGAAGUGGACGCCGGAGAAGAGGAAGAAUUACAAUCUGUUGGACGCGGUGAGCAGGCACACGGUGCAGGUGUACCCGAAGUCGUGGGCGGCGGUGAUGACAACACUGGACAAUGCAGGUAUGUGGAGUUUAAGGUCGAUGAUGCAAGAGAGGGCUUAUUUGGGGCAACAGCUCUACUUCAGUGUUCUAUCUCCUGAACGCUCAUUGAGGGAUGAGUACAACCUUCCUGAAACACAACAAGUGUGUGGAAUCGUCCAAAAUCUGCCUAAGCCUGCUCCAUAUGUUUGAAACACCUUUAAUUGUUGGUGUGGUUGAUCAUGGAAUCACAAACUUUGGUCUUAAUUUAAUGCCUAAUCAUCAUUUUCUUA